AUGGGCGGCUCAGCCUUCUCAGACCUGGAGAAUCCUCCAUACACUCCUCGCAUGCCCACAGAUAUCUACGAGCAGGUAAAGGCAUCCUGUCAUACCGCUCUCGAAAAGAUUUUCCUCCACGUGGCCACCCCCGUCGAGGGCCCUGCCAAAGCCGACCACGGCGACAUCGACAUCCUCGUCGCAAACGAGCGGCGUCUCACACUUCAGGAUUCCGAUGAAGACACGACUCCCUCGCCCCUGCCCACACUACACACCAAGAUCCGAGAAGCACUAGGCGCAGAAUUCCACAAAGCCGUCCACAACACCACAAACCUAGUCGUCCCUUGGCCCGGCUCCAACGGACAAAAACACAUCCAAGUUGACGUCCGUAUCUGCAAGAACGAAGAGGAGCUAAACUGGUACCUCUUCAAACACAGCCACGGUGACCUCUGGAACCUCCUCGGCUCCACCAUCCGCCCCUUCGGCCUGACAGUAGACGAAUCCUCCCUCUGGAUCCGCAUCCCAGAAAUCGAAAAAUUCGACCGCAAAAAGGCCAAAAUCCUCCUCACCAAAUCCCCAACCGCAAUCCUCACCUUCCUCGGCAUCAGUCUCGAGCCGUUCAAGUCCGGCAAGCCUUUCCCAACGGUGGAGGCCCUCUACGAGUACGUAACCACCUGCCGCUACUUUUUUGUCCGCCCCGCCUCGGAAGAAAAUGACGGCGAUGGCGCUGGCCUUGUAGGAGGCGAGGAAGGCGUCAAAAAGCUCAAGAGCAAUGACCGGCAGAGGAUGAGGCAGCGGGCUGUGUACAGGAGGUGGAUAGAGGAGUAUAUCCCCAGUCUUCGGGAGCAGGGCCUGCACGUCAGGUCGGAUGUCUCGGUCAAGAAAAUGCGCGCCUCGGUGCAGGAGGACGCUUUUGCCGCGUUUGACGUGGAGGUGGAGUGGAACGCACGGCUGAAGGAGUGGCGGUUGCAGAAGAAUGUGGAGGCGACGAGGAAGUUGAUCAAGGAGGUCAUACCUGCCGACGUUACGGAUGUGAAUUAUAGGGGUUGCUUGCUGUCUGGGUUGAAGAAGAUCAUUAUGGAGGAUGGCGAUUCAGCUGGGUUCGAGUUCGUUUCCCGCCCAGACUUCAAAAAUGAGGAUGGGCUUUAUGACGAGGAGGUUAUCCGGCGUUUUGUGGAGGAAAAGAUUGACGAGGUAGGCAAGGUGGCGUUGGAAGUGCAGCUGGAGAGGUCAAGGGCAGCGAUGCAAAAAAAGAGGGAGAAGAUGGCAAGCGCCGCAGAAUAG